CACCUAGUGUAAUCGUGGCUGUGUAUUGGAAGAGUGCUCCGUUCACUCCACUUCCAUCCGACCAUCCGAUCAUUCGAUCAUCAUCCCCCCACACAGAGUCCAAAGACAGGGUUUUGUUCAUUCCGUUGCUGUGUGCGCAAAUAAGGCGCUAAAAAAAACAAAAGAUGGCGCGUACCCAUUGGGCACUUUUUGUGUCCAUUAUGUGCCUGUGUAUGGCAGCUGACUCAUUUAUUCCAUUUCAAACAGGAAAAUCCCAGCAGGAGAAGCUGGAGGGCGUCGAUGUCGAGGAGGUAUGUGCGGAUCGUCCCGCCGACGAGUACUUCCGCCUGGAGGCCGAUGGCGACUGCCGCGAGGUGUACAGGUGCGACAGCGCCGGUGAAGAUGGCAGCAAUCGCCUGGCACCGAUUAAAUGUGCCGGCGGCUUGGCGUUCGAUGUUUUGCGACAGCUUUGCGAUUGGAAAUCGAACGUGAAGAAUUGCGAUGUCCAAGAAAAGCCCCGCAAGGCGCAGCCCAUCCUGAAGACGGAUGAGCCCAUCUGUCCCGAGGGUAAGCUGUCCUGCGGUGACGGCGAGUGCCUGGACAAGGAGCUCUUCUGCAACGGCAAGCCCGACUGCAAGGACGAGUCCGAUGAGAACGCCUGCUCUGUCGAUGAGGAUCCGAACCGUGCGCCCGAGUGCGAUCCCACUCAGUGCGCCCUGCCCGAUUGCUUCUGCUCGGCGGACGGAACCCGCAUUCCCGGCGGAAUUGAGCCCCAGCAGGUGCCCCAGAUGAUCACCAUCACCUUCAAUGGUGCCGUCAACGUGGACAACAUCGAUCUGUACGAUGAUCUGUUCAAUGGGCAGCGCCAGAACCCCAACGGCUGCUCCAUCAAGGGCACAUUCUUCGUCUCGCACAAGUACACCAACUACUCGGCCGUGCAGGAUCUGCACCGUCGCGGCCACGAGAUCUCCGUGUUCUCGCUGACGCACAAGGACGAGCCCAACUACUGGUCCGGCGGCAGCUACGACGACUGGCUGGCCGAGAUGGCCGGUUCCCGAUUGAUUGUUGAGCGUUUUGCCAACAUCACCGACGGCUCGAUCAUCGGCAUGCGUGCCCCCUACCUCCGUGUGGGCGGCAACAAGCAGUUCGAGAUGAUGGCGGAUCAGUUCUUCGUGUACGACGCCUCAAUCACCGCCUCCCUGGGCCGUGUGCCCAUCUGGCCCUACACCCUCUACUUCCGCAUGCCCCACAAGUGCAACGGCAAUGCCCACAACUGCCCAUCCCGUAGCCACCCCGUCUGGGAGAUGGUCAUGAACGAGCUGGAUCGUCGCGAUGACCCAACCUUCGAUGAGUCUCUGCCCGGUUGCCACAUGGUCGACUCCUGCUCGAACGUUGCCUCUGGCGAGCAGUUUGCGCGCCUUCUGCGCCACAAUUUCAACCGCCACUACAACAGCAACCGCGCCCCUCUGGGUCUGCACUUCCAUGCCUCGUGGCUGAAGUCCAAGAAGGAGUACCGCGACGAGCUGGUCAAGUUCAUCGAGGAGAUGCUCGGCCGCAACGAUGUGUUCUUUGUGACCAAUCUGCAGGUGAUCCAGUGGAUGCAGAACCCCACCGAGCUGAAUUCGCUGCGCGACUUCCAGGAGUGGAAGGAGAAGUGCGAUGUCAAGGGACAGCCCUACUGCUCCCUGCCCAAUGCCUGCCCACUGACCACUCGGGAGCUGCCCGGCGAGACGCUGCGCCUGUUCACGUGCAUGGAGUGCCCCAAUAACUAUCCCUGGAUCCUCGAUCCCACUGGCGACGGCUUCUCCGUCUAAGGAACGCUCUCCUGCUCUUUUAUUCUUAUUCUUUUCCAAAACCAACAAGAGAACAACUUAUAGUAGUUCCACCGAGAGUCUGAUAAACUAAAAAACACCUAUAAAUCCCUUACAAACAAGCAAACAAACAAAAACAAAAACAAAAUCAAUAUGUUGAACCAUCUACAAAAAAAAAUACUCAAUUUGUUGCAUCUUGUGUGAUCCUAAAGUUUCGUUUCUCUUCUCCCCCACUCCCUCUAUCUAUCUAUUAUUUAUGCAAAUCUUCUCUUUUCCGUCUCGUCUCUCACUUUCCACUUUCUAUACUCGAAAAUAUCUGCUGUUUGUCUUUCGUCUGUCAACUCCUUCUAAUGUCUAUAUCUUUUUCUUGAUCUGCUCGAACUAUUUCUGCUUCGUUUCUCAUUUAUGUUGAUGAUAAAAGUGAUUUGUUUUUUAAUUUACUUCGCUGCUUUCUUUGAUCUGUUCAAAGAUUAUUUUUCACAAACAAAACAAAACAAAAACAAAAAACCAAGCGCCAAAAAUCGCAGCAGCAAACAAA